AUGCUCUCUCCCACGCCCCUUGACAGCCUCGAGAGCUCCGGCCCUCGGUCUCAGUCCCAUGAUCCGUCGCACUCACACACCCAAACCCCUCGGUACUUCGGAGCAGCCACGACGACGCCCGCAACCUCUUCGGGCUGGGGUCUCGGCGACCCGGCGGCCCCCUUGCAUCAUCUGUCCUCCGAGGCCUCGACCUCGCCGGCCGAGUCUUGGCGGCUCGACGAGUUCGUCACCGACCCCGGCUACCUGGCCUACCAGGAGGAGCUGAGAUGCCUGAUAUUCAACACGGCCCAGACGGCCGCCCCGACGAGGGAGGGCACGCCCGAGGCGGCGGUUUACGGCGCCUUCGCGGCGGGGGGCUUCGCGGCCUCCGGGACCAUCUCAAGCGACGAGGGAACCGCGCGGCGGCAGGCCGGUCAGAUUCUAGGGACCGGCCGGAGGCUCGAGUAUCUGAAGAAUUACAUAGGCGAGGUUGCGCCAUGGCUCGACAUGUUUGACAGCGACCGCGCCUUCGGCAUCCAAGUGCCCGUCCUCGCGCGCAGCUCGUGCGCGUCGUCGUGGGAGGCACCGCUCGGCAGCCACUUGGACGGCAUGAGGAGGGUGUUCUCGGUUCCGUCUGAUAUGAGGGCGCCGCAGAGGACGCCCGACAUGCACGCCAACUACGCCGUCUACCUGUGCGCCAAGGUCUGCGAGCUCGUGGCCGACAGGGCGCGGCACUUUGAGCUCGACGACGCCGCCGACGGCUGCGACCCCGACGAGCUGGCCGGCCGCUGGAUCCGGCUCUGGGAGGACCUCCAGGCGUGGACGAGAGACCGGCCGCCCGAGCUGCUCCCCGUGCAGAGCGUGCAGAGCAUCCCGUUGCCGCAGAUCCUCUUCCUGCACUGGGCGGCCAUCUCGUCGAACCAGCUGUACCACACGGCCUGCACGCUCCUCCUGGGGUCCAUGCCCAGGCCGCUCAGCCCGAAGCAGCUGCCGGGCGUCACCGGCUCCGUCGUCUGGCACGCCAAGUGCAUCUGCGGCAUAUCCCUCGCGAACCCGCACCAGGGCUGCUUGAACAACGCCAUCCAGCCUCUGUGGGUUGUCGGCAGGCUCCUCAGUCACAGGUCGGAGCACGCCCUCCUCGUGAGACUCAUCCGCAGCAUCGAGACCGUCACCGGAUGGGGCACGUGUUGGAGGAUCGACGACUUGGAGGCCGCCUGGGGGUACAAAGUAUGCAAAGAGCUGAAGAACCGCUAG